ACGGAAAGUAUGCCGCCGUGGACUCGUAUAUGGUAACCGAUCAUUCGACGUCGGCUGAAUCUCACGGUCCCCGGCAAGUGUUUUGGUACGGCCUCCGGACCGUUACGUCGAAUUCCAAUCGGACGAUUCGUCAGAGUCACGGCAAGGGGGGACAGGGUUUCCUCUAUCCAGACGGCGUGGGUGACCGGUUUCCAUUGAAGUCCAUCGAUUCAACCUUGCAAUCUCGUACUCCACCGUUAGGUAUGGAGUAUUUAAAUCAGGAUAUUUAAAUAUUUAUGCAAAUUCGUAAUUCCAUGGAGAUAGAUAAACCCAACGUAGUUGUGUUUUAGAUAUUUUACGUACGUGCAUUCCUGCGUCCAUGCAUCGAAGAAGUGGAAUCUAAGUUUGUGGAAGCGUGUUUUAUCUAGUAACUGUUCAUUAGCUUAUAUCUUAUAUUUUUCUGUGGUAUGUGUAUAUAUAUCUAUUGUAUAUUUUUACAGUCAAAUACAUAACGAUACUUUAAACCUAGAAGAAAAUUAUAAAUGAAAAAAAAAAAAAA